CCUAACUGCGGACUUGCUAACUGCGAUGCCCUCCUAGCCAGCCGCCGCGGGAUGGAGGGCUUCAUGGACUCAGGGACACAGACGGAUGCCGUGGUGGUGCUGUCCUUGGCUCAGGCCGCCGUGCUGGGCCUGGUCUCGGAAAAUGAGCUCUUUGGAGCCACCAUAAGCGCCGAAGCCUUCUACCCGGACCUGGGGCCCGAGCUGUCCGGGUCGGCCAUGGGGGAGCCCGGGCCCCCGGGCCCGGACGUCUACCAGCUGGCCUGCAGCGGGAGGGCCCUGGAGGAGCCGGCAGAAGAGGAGGUGCUGGAGGUGGAGGCGGCCUUCGAGAAGCACACCCGGCGGAAGACGCGGCCGCCCGUGCGGCUGGUGCCCAAGGUCAAGUUUGAGAAGGUGGAGGAGGAGGAGGAGGAGCAGGAGGUCUACGAGGUGUCCGUGCCCGGUGACGACAAGGAUGCCGGCCCCGCGGAGGCCCCCGCCCAGGUGGCCGGCGGCGGCGGCGGCGGCGGCAGCGGCGGCGGCGGCGGCGGCUGCGAGACCCUGGUGCAGAGCAGCGCCGUCAAGAUGAUCGACCUCAGCGCCUUCAGCCGCAAGCCCCGGACGCUGCGCCACCUGCCCCGAGCCCCGAGGCCGGAGCUGGACGCGGCCCCUUACGACCCCCACUUCCCCGACCCGGCCCGGGACGGCUUCCCGGAGCCCGGCAUGGCGCUGCCCGGGCCGGAGGCCCUGCCCUCCGAGUGUGGCUUUGAGCCGGCCCACCUGGCCCCCCUGAGCGAUCCUGAGGCCGCCACCAUGGAGUCCCCAGAGCCCGUGAAGCCGGAGCAGGGCUUCGUGUGGCAGGAGGCGGGCGAGUUCGAGGCCGACGCGGCCGGCUCGACGGCGGAGCGCCACAAGAAGGCCCAGCUGGACCGGCUGGACAUCAACGUGCAGAUCGACGACUCCUACCUGGUGGAGGCGGGCGACCGCCAGAAGCGCUGGCAGUGCCGCAUGUGCGAGAAGUCCUACACGUCCAAGUACAACCUGGUGACGCACAUCCUGGGCCACAACGGCAUCAAGCCGCAUUCGUGCCCGCACUGCAGCAAGCUCUUCAAGCAGCCCAGCCACCUGCAGACGCACCUGCUGACGCACCAGGGCACCCGGCCGCACAAGUGCCAGGUGUGCCAGAAGGCCUUCACGCAGACCAGCCACCUCAAGCGCCACAUGCUCCUGCACUCGGAGGUCAAGCCCUACAGCUGCCACUUCUGCGGCCGCGGCUUUGCCUACCCCAGCGAGCUCAAGGCGCACGAGGUGAAGCACGAGAGUGGCCGCUGCCACGUGUGUGUCGAGUGCGGCCUGGACUUCUCCACCCUGACCCAGCUCAAGCGCCACCUGGCCUCGCACCAGGGCCCCACCCUCUACCAGUGCCUCGAGUGCGACAAGUCCUUCCACUACCGCAGCCAGCUGCAGAACCACAUGCUCAAGCACCAGAACGUGCGGCCCUUCGUGUGCACCGAGUGCGGCAUGGAGUUCAGCCAGAUCCACCACCUCAAGCAGCACUCCCUCACCCACAAGGGCGUGAAGGAGUUCAAGUGCGAGGUGUGCGGCCGGGAGUUCACCCUGCAGGCAAACAUGAAGCGGCACAUGCUGAUCCACACCAGCGUCCGGCCCUACCAGUGCCACAUCUGCUUUAAGACCUUCGUGCAGAAGCAGACCCUCAAGACCCACAUGAUUGUACACUCGCCUGUGAAGCCAUUCAAAUGCAAGGUGUGUGGGAAGUCCUUCAACCGCAUGUACAACCUGCUGGGCCACAUGCACCUGCACGCGGGCAGCAAGCCCUUCAAGUGCCCCUACUGCUCCAGCAAGUUUAACCUCAAGGGCAACCUGAGCCGGCACAUGAAGGUCAAGCAUGGUGUCAUGGACAUCGGCCUAGACAGCCAAGACCCCAUGAUGGAGCUGACAGGCACUGACCCCUCCGAGCUUGACGGCCAGCAGGAGAUGGAGGACUUCGAGAACGCCUACGCCUACGCCGGGGUGGACAGCAGCGCUGAGGCCAGCGUCCUCACCGGACAGGCCAUGAAGGAGAUGGCCUACUACAACGUGCUAUAGCGCCAGCUGGGCCGCCCAGCAGGGGCGGGGAGGGCGUGGGACGUGGGGGGAGACCCCGCUGCUGCGGGCUGCACCUGCCGCGGCCCAGAAGC